CCUGACUGGUCUCGCUCCACGCAGCUUCUCCAACCAUCUGCGGGCUCUCCUCAGCUCUCCACCAGCUGUCUCCACUUUUCUCCUGGCUCUCUAUCUCGCUACCUGCGGGCGCGCAUCGCCACCGCCGCUCCUGGCUGUCCUUGCGCACUGACAAGUCUCCACAUUCCCGCGUCUCUGCUGCGCUCCGCUUGUCAUUCCGCUCCUGUGAAGAGUCCGGAGCUGCAGCCGCGACCUCGGGCUGUUUCUCCUAUUUGUCUCCGGUUAUCACUUUCGCUUUGAGCUCGGAGUGGAGAGCGAUGUGAUUGAGGCUCAUGGGGAUUUAGUGUCGUGACAUGCUUUCAGGACCCGGCGCCUCCGCACAGAAAUGGGACUCUCAGCAUUUAUGGUCACAUGAAUGUCAGCGCUGCAGGCCAGAUGCCGGCGAUGGCGGAGCUCGGCGGUGAGAGCGACAGCAUGCCAAAGCGGAUGGCCCUGAUCUGCUUCCUGUCUCUGGUCAUGCUGAUGAGCGUCCUUGGAAACCUGCUGGUCAUGGUGGCCGUCUGCAAGGACAGACAACUCAGGAAAAUCAAGACCAACUACUUCAUUGUCUCUCUGGCUUUUGCCGACUUGCUCGUGUCAGUGCUGGUGAUGCCAUUCGGUGCCAUCGAGCUGGUCCACCAGCACUGGAUCUACGGCGAGACCUUCUGUUUGGUGCGGACAUCUCUGGACGUUCUGCUCACCACCGCGUCAAUACUACACCUGUGCUGCAUCGCCCUGGACAGAUACUACGCUAUCUGCUGCCAGCCUCUGGUCUACAGGAACAAGAUGACGCCCAUGCGAGUGGCUUUAAUGAUCGGCGGCUGCUGGGUCAUUCCUACUUUCAUCUCUUUCCUGCCCAUCAUGCAGGGCUGGAACAGCAUCGGCAUCGACCACCUGAUUGAGCUGAGGCGCUACAACAAUGGCAGCAACACUACAUCCUGUGUCUUCAUGGUCAACAAGCCAUAUGCCCUCACCUGCUCCUUGGUGGCCUUCUACAUCCCUCUAGUCCUCAUGGUGCUGGCUUACCAGAGGAUCUACAUCACAGCUCGUGCGCAUGCCCUACAGAUCAGCAUGCUCCAGCGGGCGGGAGGAGCCGGUACCAGUACCCCUGGUACUUCAGGCGCCAGCGGCGGGGUCGGUGCCGGUACAGCGUCAGACUCCGCCGACCAUCAGCGGAACCACCGUAUGCGAACAGAAACGAAGGCAGCAAAGACUCUGUGCAUCAUUAUGGGCUGUUUCUGCCUGUGCUGGGCGCCAUUCUUUGUUACCAAUGUGGUGGACCCCUUUAUAGACUACACAGUGCCCGAACAGCUGUGGGCCGCCUGCCUGUGGCUGGGCUACAUUAACUCCAUGCUGAACCCCAUCCUCUACGCAUUCCUCAACAAGUCCUUCCGCCGUGCCUUCCUCAUCAUCCUGUGUUGUGGGAGGCAGAGGUACCGCAGACCGUCCAUCCUCGGGCCCGGCGCUCCCUGCACGGCCACGCAAAUCAACGGCUCCACACAUGUACUCAAGUAUUGUGUCCUUCACAAUGGGAACCAUGCCGAGCAGGAGAAGAAGUCCCUGCAGACCCACACAGAGUCCCAUGAGUCGUGCUUGUGACCAACGACGACUCCACAGUCACAUUUCCAACAGCCUCGGCUCCCGCUGUCCCUCCACAGAGUCGAUGGAAAUGCACCGCCGCCUUCACACGUCUGGAGCUAAAAUCCAUCAUAGAUGCUACGAAUCCGGCAGGGCUCCAAACCCGAGCCCAGGAAGGACGUCAGGGAUCUAGAGAAGAGAUGGGGACACUGCCAAUGGUCCAUCUGGUUUUAAAGCUCAGCCAAAACUUGACCUGCAGUCUCCAAUGAGGUGCCAGAGGCUAGAAUAUAAAAUCAGCACUGUGUGGUGUUAAUUCUCUUGCCUGCAGGCCCACAGAGGCUGAGCUGACCCAGUGGAGCAGAGCAGAGCCAGGAUGUGACUGUGAUCCCGUCAGCACGCCCGCUGGCUGCUUUCUGUGAAGUCCGGCUCGCCGUGUGGACGAGCGGCAGCUUUGGUGGAGUCUGUACGAUUAAUGACUGUGCCAGGAAUCUUGGAAGUGAAUUAUGUCACCAAAGCUAUUUAAUGCACAUACAGUGGACGUAUUUGUGGUUCUGAUGAGAGGCUCCCCAUUGUUUUCCACUAUAAAAAUGUAAAAGAUUGACUCUAAAUUUUAGAAUGCUGUUCCUUGUAAAAUGACUAUCAGUUGGCAAAAUGAGCCUUUAUAAAGCAAGUGUUAUUGAUGCAAAGAGGCACAGUUUCUGGACUUUUCUUUUGCUGAACAUUGUGUCUUUGCCUUGAUACAAGGCUCAAAAUCCUGUUUGUCUCCCAGGUCCAAGCUUCCCAGCUCUGCUAAACUCUCACUAAGCUGAAAGCAAAUCCUUGAUUUAAACUGUCAAAGUGCAUUAUUACAGAGGCUGCUGUGUUCAUAACGCCAUGAAGCUUCAUCUGCUUGUUCUCAGUGGUAAGUUCCAAAAUAAGAAGUUCACUGGCUGCUCAUGAAUGAUUCGAUGGGAAUUGUGAUGAUCUCGGAGCAAUAUGUGCUGGUUUUCAUUGUCUGUGUGAUUAUAAGCGUAGGUUGUUUCAGUCUGUGUGAGUUUUGAGGGUGAUGUAUGUUUUCAAAUGUGUUUAUGAGUGAACUCAAAGGUGAUUUCAGUAUGUAUGAAGCUCCCUCUUCACCUCGUGUUACAUCCAUUCCACCCUACCGCACCAUUUGUUCCCUCCGUCUCUGCUUGCCUCGGAGGCUCUCAUGAAGAUUGCUGCAGAAGUCUCUCCAUUUGUUUGUACUCAUGAAACCUGGUGAAACACUAAAGCCAACUGUUCUUCUGCUUCCUCAGAAUACAAACCAUCACCUCGCCUCAUUGGUCCCUGAAGGACAUGCUACAUCUCACUGCAGGAUUAGUCUCCAUUUGCAGUCCACAAAUUACUAUUUAAUGCUGGCGCCAUUUGGGUGUAAUAAGCCAGUAAGUCAAGGAAUCUUCUUUAAUGCUAACCUUCCCUUUAUGCUGCCCCCUGAAGCACCAAAGAAACAGUGCUACAACAUACAGGACAUUGAAUAAAUGAUUGUAUAAGAGUGUGAUGAAUACAGUGUAAGAGGAAGCAUAAGCAUAAGUUCAUCAUUGCAAACUCUGAGUGUUGCAUCCCUCAUCUGUACUGAAGGUGGCUGAAAGGACUCUAUCAGGUGUAAAUAUUGCUCACAGGCAAAAAGUGCAGCUUUGCAAUGUGUUCUUCAUAUACAGUAUCAUCAUAAUUUCUGCUCACAAGCAGGUCUAAUGCAGUAGGUUAAAAAAAUGUGCCCAGCACCAAAAUGCAGACAAAGUUAGCACCUAGCUGGAGAAGAAAGUGAAACACCUUUCAGAUCCAGAUCAUGUUCUUUGGAGGGACAAUGGUGAGUGAUUACUGAAUGUCAAAUUAAAGCUGCUGUUGCCCCGUC